AUGGCGCUUCGUGAGCUCAAGGCGCCGGUGAACUACGAGAAACAACAAAGCGCAUUCGAGAGCUUUCUGACAGACUUCAAAACAUCGCCCGAGCAGACUAUCACCACGGCGCUGGGCAAUGUCACGAUUGAUGAGGAUGAAUUGAGCGACGAUUAUGAUUUUAUGGAUGACGACGAUGGCGCGGCUGAGGAAAGGCAGCGGCAGCGACAGCAAAAGCGCGUGCCUCAGUACAAGUACAAGGAAGCUCUCCGUCAGCUUGCCAACAGGCAAAUCGAUUCGAUAACUGUCGAUCUCGACGACGUGCAAACAUGGGAAGAACAGCAACAACAAGAGGAUAAUCUGAAGCUCGUGGACUCGAUUGAGAUGAACACAAAGCACUACGUGGAGAUUGUGUCAAGGGCCAUCGACAAGAAGAUGCCUCCACCCGAGGCUGACCUUACGUUCAAAGACGAUGUGCUAGAUGUCCUCGCUGCGCGACGACAAGAGCGAAACCGCGUUUUGGAGGAGGAGCAAGAGAGAGAUCCCGCCAUCGACGCCGACGUCUUCCCUGCCGAGCUCACCCGUCGAUAUACCCUUCUCUUCAAACCUCGCUCGGGCACAUUGGACCAACCCAAGAAAGCACUCGCUGUUCGUGAUGUGCGAGGCGAACACCUGGGACAUCUCAUCACGAUGCGCUGCAUCGCCACCCGUGUCUCUGACGUGAAACCCAUCGUUCAGGUCAACGCCUACUCUUGCGACCGUUGCGGUUGUGAGAUCUUUCAGCCUAUCACUGACAGGCAAUUCGGCCCUCUCACGGCCUGUCCGUCGCAGUCCUGUGUCGAAAACCAAGCCAGAGGACAACUGACUCACUCGGUGAGGGCCUCCAAGUACCUGCCGUUUCAGGAGGUCAAGGUCCAGGAGAUGGCCGAGCAGGUCCCCAUCGGUCAGAUUCCUCGCAGCUUGACCGUGCUAUGCUACGGGAGCACCGUGCGUCAGAUCAACCCCGGUGAUGUGGUGGACAUCUCUGGUAUCUUCCUCCCCACGCCUUACACCGGUUUCAAGGCGCUCAAGGCUGGUCUGCUCACCGACACCUACCUCGAGGCUCACCACAUCAUGCAGCACAAGAAGGCGUACAGCGAGAUGAUUAUUGAUCCCAAGCUUGUGCGCCGGAUUGAGCAGCACCGUCAGUCGGGACAAGUGUACGAGCUGCUGGCGAGGUCCAUCGCUCCCGAGAUUUUCGGUCACCUUGAUGUCAAGAAGGCCCUUCUACUCCUCCUGAUCGGCGGUGUGAACAAAGAGGUUGGAGACGGCAUGAAGAUUCGUGGCGACAUCAACAUGUGCAUGAUGGGUGACCCCGGUGUGGCCAAGUCCCAGCUUCUCAAGUACAUCUCGAAAGUGGCACCGCGCGGUGUUUACACCUCUGGCCGUGGUAGCAGCGGCGUUGGUCUCACGGCUGCCGUCAUGCGCGAUCCCGUAACGGAUGAGAUGAUUCUGGAGGGCGGCGCCCUGGUCUUGGCCGACAAUGGCAUCUGCUGCAUCGACGAGUUCGACAAGAUGGAUGACAACGACCGUACUGCUAUUCACGAAGUCAUGGAGCAACAGACCAUCUCCAUCUCCAAGGCCGGAAUCUCGACGACCUUGAAUGCGAGGACAUCUAUCCUCGCCGCGGCUAACCCUGUCUACGGCCGCUACAACCCGCGCAUCUCUCCCGUUGAGAACAUCAAUCUUCCCGCCGCGCUCCUGUCUCGUUUUGACAUCCUCUUCCUCCUUCUUGAUACCCCUACCCGCGAGUCUGACGAGCAGCUGGCCAAGCACGUGGCCUAUGUGCACAUGAACAACCGCCAUCCCGAGCAGGUCACUUUCACGCCACACGAGGUCCGAUCCUACGUCGCCCAGGCGCGCACAUACCGCCCCACGGUGCCCGAGUCCGUAUCCGAAUACAUGAUCAAGACCUAUGUGCGUAUGCGUGAUCAGCAACAGCGCGCAGAGAAGAAGGGCAAGCAGUUCACGCACACUACCCCACGUACCCUCCUGGGUGUCGUGCGUCUGUCACAGGCCCUCGCUCGUCUGCGCUUCAGCAACGAGGUUCAGCAGGACGAUGUCGACGAAGCACUGCGCCUGAUCGAGGCCAGCAAGGAGAGUCUCAACACCGACACAACCUCUGGUCGCCGGGGUCUCAACCCCAGCAGCAGGAUAUACAACCUCGUCAAGGCCCUGGCUGACUCGGGAGCCUGCCGUGCGGAGGAUGCGGACGAUGACGAGACGCUCGGCGUUGAGCUGAGCAUGCGCAAGGUCAAGGAGCGCGUCAUUGCCAAGGGCUUUACCGAGGAUCAAUGGAUGACUGCUCUGGAAGAGUACACAAGUCUCGACGUCUGGCAGACAACAGGUGGCGGGGCGAGAUUGGUGUUUGUCACGGCGGAUGCUGAUGAGUUUGAGGAUGACAUGGAUAUUUAA